CAUGUAUGUAUGUAUAUAUACCCACUGAGCUGUCUCGUUUGAUACAUUAAGUUUGUCUCUCCUCUGCGUGUCAGUGUCUCAGACCACCCAACUCCGAGCCCUUAAGGGUUCCCAGGUCGUAUAUAUCUUAAGUGUUUGACGAUAUGGAGGGGCUAACCUUAGCUCUAGUACCGUUGCUCUUAAUUGCUGGAACAACUGGAGAUACGGUGAGGUUUGGGGUUAUUUUGGAGGACCAGAACCCUUCGGAACCCUACUCCUACGGCCAUGUAGGGCCGGCGGUGGAACUCGCUGUACAGCGGAUAAACAGAGAAGGAUGGCUCGGGCCGCAUCGCCUGAUGGCACAAUACCAGAAAAUCACCAAAAUGAGCCAGUACACGGCUCUUACCGUGGCCAUGGGGAUGUACGAAAACGACAGCGGGAAUCUGGAUUUUUUCCUGGGCCCGACCUCGGAGUACCUGGCACAAACCGUCAUCCGCCUCGCAGCGUUCUGGAAGGUACCGGUGAUGACAUGUUCCAUCGUCUGGCGUCUCGGAGUCAAAGGCGACCCGAGAGACGACGGGAACUAUGAAACGGUCGUGCGAACGGUGCCCACCAGUGGCGAUCUUGGAAAGCUGGUGUUGAGGCUGUACCAGGAAUACGACUGGACGAGAGGCUUCCAGUUAUACCACAAGGGGAACGACGACGACUCGUGUUACUUCCUCCAGUCCGGCAUUUGGUCAGAGUGGCACAUUGUGAACGAGGAGAGAGAGUUAGAGCCCCUGACGCACGAGAGCAUCGCAGAGUUCAGCCAGGAUGAGUUUAACUUGACAGACCCGGCUGGGAGGCGGGAGAUGGACAAGAGGUUUGCUGAUGAGCUGGAACGAGUCAAGGCUGUCUCUAGAGUGAUUAUAACGUGCGCCAGCGCCCCCUAUGUGUGGCGGCUGAUGAAGGUAGCCAGGGAGAUGGGGAUGACCAAUGGGGACUACGUAUUCCUUAUCGUGGACGUCUUUGACCACGCCUACCUCCAGCCGGACACGUGGAUUGGUUCAGAAGACAACCAACAGGAACGGCGGGAUAUCCUAGACGCCUUCCGAGCUGCUUUCGUCAUCACCGUCCCUCGGCCUGAUACCCCUGCGUUCCGAGAAUUCUCCGAGCAAGUGCGAGAAAUAGGGAAACAGAACUUCGGUUUCGAUUCCGGGGAAACAUUGGCUAACCCGUUUGUGGAGUCCUACUUUAAUGACGUCUUGCUGUACGCCACUGCCUUGAACGGGACUCCUGGCUAUAACUACACUAACGGCACUGAAAUGGCGCUGAAAAUGCGCAACGUUUCUUUCAUCGGUAAGGAAUAUGGCAUAUCUUGA